AUGGCGUCACCACCACUUCCAUUCAAUAGAAUUUUACUUCGGUCAAGAGAAGGCCUUGAAGUCUUCACUCUACCGUCUGAGCGAGAUGAAGAAUCGAGCAUUUCGAAAAGAGAGACCCGUAAAUUCCUUUUCAAGGGCUCGUCAUCUUUUCACCAGAUUCUUCCAAAUGGAUCUGCUGCCUUUGUUCACAAGCCGGAGGUCGGAAUUUUCAGGGUGAAUUUGGGUGACUCCGCCACCGAUAGUGAUGUUCCGUUUCUGGAGAAUACUGCUAGAGUUCAGAUUAUGGCAAUCUCCCCCCAGGGGACCUUCGUGUUGACAUGGGAAAGAGCACAGGAGGGAGAUGCUCCAAACUUGAAGGUGUGGAACUCUGAGACGGGAGCAUUCGUCAUUGGAUUUAGGCAAAAGGCAUUGAAGCGUGACUCGUGGCCAUAUGUACAAUGGACCAACAAUGAAAGCUUCGCCUUCUUGUUGGGAACGAAUGAGGUUCGUGUUUAUCCAGGAAAAUUCCCAGAAUCAGCAAACACACGCUUUGUGGACAAGAUGCAAAUUCCUGGUAUUACUAGCCUGAGUCUACCAAGCAAUGCUGAACUCCAGGGGAAAUUGCUCUUCACAUCUUUCUGCCCAGGGGACAAGAACAAGCCAGCCAAAGCUGCAUUGUAUGAAUACCCUGCUGCUGAAAAAACUUCUGGCCCGUAUCCACCAAUCCUUAGCAAAUCACUCUAUCAGGCUGAAGAAAUGAGUGUAAGCUGGAAUCCCAAAGGUGAUGCAGCCUUGGUUAAGCUCCAGACAUCUGUCGACACUUCUGGACAAUCCUACUACGGCUCGACAUCGCUUUUCCUCAUGUCGGCCCAAGACAAGGACACAGUUGCGGUCCCACUGCCUCAAGAGGGGCCCGUUCAUGAUGUUGGCUGGAUGCCAAAUCCCUCAAAGCCUGCUUGUUUCGCUGUUGCGGCAGGAAAGAUGCCCUCGAUGACAAGUCUACACAACGGAGCUGACGGCACUGCCAGUUUUCUCUUCGGUAAUGCCCACCGCAACACAAUCGCUUGGGCUCCUCACGGCCGAUUUCUUUGUUUGGCCGGAUUUGGUAACCUUGCUGGCGGUAUGACAUUUUGGGAUCGAAACAAGCAAAAGCAAAUCCCCCCUGCAAACCCUGUCACUGCCAGUUGUACCGUGGGGUACGGUUGGUCUCCUGAUUCACGAUUGGUUUUCGUCUCGACCACUUCCCCUCGUAUGAAUGUCGAUAAUGGCGUGCACAUUUACCGAUAUAAUGGGGACAAAAUGACUAACCUACCAUGGGAUAACAAUGAUUACGUCCCAAACAGGUUGUUGCAAGCAGAAUUUGUUCCUGCGAAAUCAAUCGAGUACCCAGACCGCCCACAAAGUCCUCAGCUAAAAGACGUCAAUACCCCGUCAGCUGCGGGUGCUCCAGCUGCCGCAAAGCCUGGAGGACGUUAUGUACCUCCUUCACAGCGAGCCAAAGCGGGAAGAGGUGGCUCUAGCUUGGCAGACCGAAUGCGCGCUGAGAGAGAAGGUGGCAGCGUGGCGGCAGGAAAGGUGAAGGGAAAGCCAAAGGUCACGGGCGCCACUGGAAAGGUCGUCGUGGGAAUGGCACCUGUCGAACAAAAGAGCAAAUCCGCACUUCGAAGAGAAAAGGCCAAGAAGAAGAAGGAAGAGGAAGCUGCCAGACAAGCUUUGGAAGAAAAGGUUCUCGCGGAAGCAAAGGCAGCCGAACCAGCUCAACCUGAACAAGCAGCAGUCGACCCAGAAAAGCGGGCGAAAAAGAUCAAUAAGAUCCUGAGGCAAAUUGAUGAGCUCAAGCAGAGGGAUCAAUCUUCUUUGAAUGAGGACCAAAAGAAGAAAAUCGAGUCCGAAGCGUCGCUACGGGAAGAGCUUGCAAAGUUGGGGAUACAAUGA